UCUUUUUGAAGCAGUAAGCUGAACUGCUGAAACAAAAUCGUGAAAUGGGAGACAAGGACAAACUAAUCUCCGAUGAGCCCAUCGAAGCUGGCAUCGGAUCGGCAUCCUCGAAAAAUGCCAAAAAGCAGGAGCAGAACAUAAGGGGACCCUGGUACUUGGCCAGCGGUUUCCUACUUUUCUGGGCCCUGCUCUUCUUUGCUGUUGUGCAACCGCUCUUCUAUCGUCUGCCCACGGGAUUGACCAUCGAGGAUGCCGGCAAGGGAGUCUUCAUCGCGGAACGAGCACAGAACAAUCUUUACAAUUUGGUCCAAAUUGGAACCAAAGUCGUUGGCAGCGAUGGCAAUGAGAACAAGACGGUCGAAUACCUUUGGAGCCUUGUCAUGGAGAUCAAGGAGAAUGCCCUCGAGGACUACUUCGAUGUUGAAGUGGAUCAUCAGGUGGGCUCGGGAGAGUACAUUCACUGGACCAUGGUCAACAAGUACCAGGGUGUGCAGAACAUUGUCGUAAAGCUCACUCCGAAGAACACCACCAGCGAGAAAUAUGUCCUGGUCAACAGUCACUUUGAUUCCAAGCCGACGAGUCCUUCUGCCGGUGAUGAUGGCGAAAUGGUUGUGACUCUCUUGGAGGUCCUGCGUGUAAUGUCAACCACCAAGCAGACUUUUAAGCACCCCAUCGUCUUUUUGUUCAACGGAGCUGAGGAGAAUCCCCUGGAGGCUUCCCAUUUAUUUAUCACCCAACAUCCGUAUGCCAAGAAAUGCGCUGUGCUUCUUAAUUGCGAUUCCGCUGGCGGUGGUGGUCGCGAGAUUGUCUUCCAGAGUGGACCCAACCAGGCCUGGCUUAUGAAUCAGAUCUAUAAAACCUAUGCCAAACAUCCAUUUGCAAACUCCAUGGCUGAGGAAAUCUUUCAAACGGGCAUCCUGCCGUCUGACACUGAUUUCGGUAUCUUUACUAAAUACGGAAGUAUUGUUGGCCUUGACAUUGCCCAGCUAAUCAAUGGCUACUUCUAUCACACCAAAUACGAUCGCUUCGAGAACAUUCCCCGAGGAUCCAUCCAGAACACGGGUGAAAACCUGCUGAGUCUAGUGCGUGCCUUGUCCAAUUCCACUCAGGUGGAAAAUACAGCGGCCUAUACCUCCGGACACGCCGUAUUCUUUGACGUCCUGGGCCUGUACUUUGUCAGCUACACUGAAAGCAUUGGUGUCACUCUUAACUAUUCCGUGGCCGCCGUGACCCUUAUCCUGAUCUUUGUCUCCGUUUGGCGCACUGCCAGCAUUUCGAAUGUAUCCCUGGGAAACGUACUGUGCUGGUUCAUCCUGAUCCUUAUCGUUCAGAUCAUAGCCUUUGUGCUGGGUCUGGGCCUCCCAGUGGUCGUUGCCUAUCUGUUUGAUAUGUAUGGACUCUCCCUCACCUACUUUAGCACUCCGGCAUUGAUGAUCGGUCUGUAUAUAUGCCCGAGUCUCCUGGGUCUUAGCCUGCCUUCCUACAUCUACCUCAGGCUGAGAAAGAACAGCAAGGUGGCUUUUGCCCAACAGCUCCAGCUGGUUCUCCAUGGGCACGCCGCUGUGCUGGCUAUUCUGGCCAUUGGAAUCACCGUAUACGGUCUGCGAAGUGCCUACGUGAUCACUUGGACUCUGGUGUUCUAUGCCCUUCCCCUGGCUAUUAACCUGCUGACCACUCUGCACGAUCGCGGCUUCUCCUGGACAGGUGUGCUCAAGAUUACCCAGGUCGUUCCUUUCGCAUAUAACAGCUAUUUGAUCUACACCUUCCUGGUGACCCUUGUUCCCAUGAUGGGACGCUUUGGCAGGUCUACCAACCCCGACCUGAUCAUCUCAGCUUUGAACGGUUUGGGAACUAUCCUGGCAAUGGGUUUCUUGAUUCCCCUGGUUAACAUGUUCCGCCGCCCCACAAUGAUCCUAUUCAGCCUAUUGGCCAUUAGUGGUAUAACCAUUUAUGUGGCAUCCUCCACCCAACUGGGUUUCCCAUACCGACCGAAGACCAACGUGGAGCGUGUCCCAUAUCUGCAUGUGCGACGAACCUUUUACGAAUUCGACGGCACAGUCAGCAAGGACGACUCUGGCUACCUGUUCAACUUCCAGGACCGUCGUGGACCCAAUCCCCUCAAGAACACCAGGGUUAACCUGACAGGCUUGGUCAGCGUGGCUGACGACUGUGACAAGUACAUUAUGUGCGGACUUCCCUUCUAUGACCACCGCUGGGUUAAGAGUCGCCUCCAGGCCAUGUGGCUGCUGCGAGCCGAGCCAAUCGUUACGCCUUCGGUUCCCAAGCUGGUGCUGGUGAGCAAAACCCUCCUGGAGGAUAACCACACAAUACAUUUCGAGUUCAGUGCCGAGGCUACGAAUCACGCCAGUAUCUUCUUUCAACCGUAUCCGGAUGUGGCCAUAAAGAACUGGUCCCUGCCGGCCGCCUAUCUUGGCCAGAACAAGGUUAACCACAUCUACUUCACCUAUGGCAAGGACGAUUCAGCACUGACCUUCUGGUUUGAUCUCUACAAAGCAGAUGCUGACUUUGGGGUACCUUCGAUCAUCGUGGGAUUCGCCAACCACUUCAUUGGCGAUUCCGGCGAUGCUUUAAGUCAGGUGUUUACCAAGUCGAUGCCCUCCUAUGCAGCCACCAUUGACUGGCCAGCCUCGUAUCAACAGUUUCUGUUCUAAAUUUCAGCUUGACUUUUGUCUUUCCAGUCAUGAAGGCCUAAUAAAGCGAUUCUUAUCUCAAAAAGCAAUAGAA